AUGGCGGCGGCGGUGUCAGCGAUGGCAGCAGCGACCGAGGUCGAGGCGGAGAGCAAGCAGGGGGUUGAGCAGGAGGGCAAGAGGAGCAAGCAGGUGGCUGAUCAGGAGAUCGAGCAGGAAAUCAAGCAGGAGAUCGAACAAGAGCUCAAGCAGGAGGUCGAGCAAGAGGGGAGCAAGGAGAUGAGCCAGGGGGAGAGCAAGGAGAGGAGCGAGGAGGAGAGCAAGGAGAGGAGCGAGGAGGAUAAAGUGGCAGAGAUUGAAUCUAUGCGAGCAAGACGAGCAGCAGAGCGGCGAAAGCAGUUGCAAGAAAAACGCAUCAAGCUGGCGAAUGAGACGCGCAUGCGCCGGCUGGCAGCGCGCCCCGAAUCGAGUUGGAGCUCCGAUGACGCGACAUUCGUCGAGGCAAACCCGGAGCUCAUGGCCCUGAUGCGGCAGCGGCACAGUCGCCGUCGCCAGCGUGAGGAUCGCGAGGCCGAGGCAACUGACGAUCCCGAAACUCUCCGGCACAAAGCCACCAAAGUGGCGACCCUGCUUCAGCAAGCUCGUACUGCGGUUGUGUACACGGGUGCUGGCCUGAGCACGGCCAGCGGCAUUCCGUGCUAUCGUGGGCAGCAUGGCAUCUACACCAAGACCGCCAAAAACUCAACUGCGGAUACCACCGUUGCUCCCACGCCUGCACCAACAACAUUAGAUUUGACGGCGUGCUCACCGACGCGUGCCCACCAAGCCCUAACAGCCUUGGUUCAAGGAGGCGUCGUGCAACACGUGGUCUCACAAAACGUUGAUGGCCUGCAUCGGCGAAGUGGCCUCUCUCCUCAACACCUUUCUGAGAUUCACGGCAAUGCUUUUCUCGAGUAUUGUCCCGUCUGCUCCAACAAUGGUGUGCAAGCCAGCGGCCUCUACGCUCGUCGUUUUGACGUCACAGGGCUCACGGCCCGCCAUCGCCACGCCACGGGCCGCAAUUGUCCUGCUUGCGCCACUCCAUUGCUGGACACAAUCGUGCACUACGGCGAGGCGGCGCAUUGUAGCCCCGUUCACAAUUGGGAAGGCAUCGAGGCGCUCCUGCCUCAGGUGGACCUCAUCCUUGUCCUUGGCUCCAGUCUCAAGGUACUCAAACACUACAAACCGCUUUGGCAACCUCUGCAAAAGAAGGCUUCGUUGAUCGUUGUCAAUCUGCAGUGGACACCGCUUGAUGCGCGGGCAGCGCUUGUCGUACGAGCAACCUGCGAUGCGUUUCUGGAAGCUCUCCUUAAUGCCCUGCCGACAGCACGUCGCCCUGCUGUACCCGACUAUGACAUGGGUCACGACGCCCUGUGGGCUAUGGCAGUUCCCUUGACGCCUGCCGAAGACCAAGCCGCGAAGGAGCCUGCUAGCCAAAUUUCGCUUCGUGAAGGGUGGUUUGCUAAAGGCGUAACAGGAGGUCAGCGUCGAGCCAAGCGUGUCAAGGAAGAGUUGGAGGCUCUAACCUAG